GGGAGAAGAGACGUCGUGUUUCUGAUGUCGACUUCCUCUCUCUGGAAUCGCCCGUAGGGUUCCUCUCCGCUAGAUCUUAGUGGGCGCCUUCAGAUCCCUUCUCGCCCGUCGGAACCCUUGCCGAGGCCCGAUCCAGCUGCCAUGGCCGCGGCCAACGCUCCGAUAGUGAUGCGGGAGGCUUUGACGCUUCCGAGCAUUGGGAUCAAUCCUCAGUUCAUCACGUUCACUCAUGUUACUAUGGAAUCGGACAAGUACAUAUGCGUCAGGGAGACGUCCCCGCAGAAUAGUGUUGUUAUCGUUGACAUGAACAUGCCGAUGCAGCCACUGAGGAGGCCGAUCACCGCAGACUCUGCUCUGAUGAAUCCUAACAGCAGAAUUCUUGCUCUUAAAGCUCAAAUACCUGGAACCACUCAGGAUCAUUUGCAGAUUUUCAAUAUUGAGGCAAAGACUAAAAUUAAAUCUCACCAGAUGCCUGAGCAGGUUGUCUUUUGGAAGUGGAUCACCCCAAAAAUGUUGGGUCUAGUUACACAAACUUCUGUCUAUCAUUGGUCAAUCGAAGGUGAAACCGAGCCUAUUAAAAUGUUUGAUAGGGCAGCUAAUUUGACAAACAAUCAGAUCAUCAACUACAAGUGUGAUCCCACAGAGAAAUGGCUAGUCCUUAUUGGAAUUGCACCUGGUGCUCCGGAGAGACCACAACUGGUGAAAGGAAAUAUGCAGCUGUUUUCUCUGGAUCAGCAGCGUAGUCAGGCACUUGAAGCACAUGCUGCAUCUUUUGCAUCGUUCAAGGUGGUUGGGAAUGAGAAACCCUCCCUUCUUAUUUGUUUUUCCUCAAAGACGCUUAAUGCUGGACAAAUUACCUCAAAGUUGCAUGUCAUUGAACUUGGAGCCCAACCAGGGAAACCAGGUUUCACAAAGAAGCAAGCAGAUUUAUUCUUCCCACCAGAUUUCGCAGAUGAUUUCCCUGUGGCAAUGCAGAUCUCCCAAAAGUACAGUUUGGUAUAUGUCAUCACAAAGCUUGGUUUGUUGUUUGUGUAUGAUCUUGAAACUGCAACAGCAGUUUACAGAAAUCGAAUCAGUGCAGAUCCUAUAUUUCUCACAACUGAGGCUUCAAAUGUUGGUGGUUUUUAUGCGAUCAAUAGGAAGGGCCAGGUUCUGCUGGCCACUGUUAAUGAAGCGGCAAUUGUGCCAUUCGUCAGUGGGCAAUUGAACAACCUGGAGCUUGCCAUUAACCUUGCAAAACGAGGAAACCUUCCGGGAGCUGAAAAUUUGGUUGUGCAGAGGUUCCAAGAACUAUUUUCCCAGACCAAAUACAAGGAGGCUGCUGAACUGGCUGCAGAAUCUCCACAAGGCAUUCUUCGAACUCCGGAGACUGUUGCAAAGUUUCAGAGUGUUCCAGUCCAAGCUGGGCAGACACCACCACUGUUGCAGUACUUUGGAACAUUAUUAACAAGAGGAAAGCUUAAUGGUUUUGAAUCUAUAGAGUUAUCUCGUCUUGUUGUGAACCAGAACAAAAAGAAUCUACUUGAGAAUUGGUUGGCUGAAGACAAGCUAGAGUGCAGUGAAGAACUUGGGGAUCUUGUCAAGACUGUGGACAAUGAUCUUGCACUGAAAAUAUAUAUAAAAGCAAGGGCUACGCCAAAAGUUGUUGCUGCUUUCGCUGAACGGAGGGAGUUUGACAAGAUUCUUAUUUACUCAAAGCAGGUUGGCUACACACCAGAUUAUCUUUUCCUUCUGCAGACUAUUCUGAGGUCGGAUCCUCAGGGAGCAGUCAAUUUUGCUCUUAUGAUGUCACAAAUGGAGGGAGGCUGUCCAGUGGAUUACAAUACAAUCACUGAUCUUUUUCUUCAGAGAAAUAUGAUUCGUGAAGCAACGGCUUUCUUGUUAGAUGUCUUGAAGCCAAAUCUACCUGAACAUGCUUUUCUUCAGACCAAGGUUUUAGAGAUUAAUUUGGUGACAUAUCCAAAUGUCGCAGAUGCCAUACUGGCCAAUGGAAUGUUCAGUCACUAUGAUCGUCCUCGAAUUGCUCAGCUUUGUGAAAAAGCUGGUUUAUAUGUGCGAGCCCUUCAGCAUUAUACAGAGUUGCCUGAUAUUAAACGUGUCAUUGUGAAUACUCAUGCCAUUGAGCCACAGGCACUUGUCGAGUUCUUUGGGACGCUUUCCAGGGAGUGGGCACUAGAGUGCAUGAAGGACCUUUUACUGGUCAACUUGAGAGGGAACCUUCAGAUAAUUGUGCAGGUAAUUUUUUCUUAUUCCAGAAUGUGUCUUGAGUUCAACUUCUGUAAGUUUAUAACAUCCAUAUUUUUUCAGACUGCCAAAGAAUACUCUGAUCAAUUAGGUGUGGAUGCUUGCAUAAAACUAUUUGAGCAAUUUAAGUCCUAUGAAGGUCUUUACUUCUUCUUGGGAUCUUAUUUGAGCUCCAGUGAAGACUCGGAUAUACACUUCAAGUAUAUUGAGGCAGCAGCAAAAACUGGACAGUUAAAAGAAGUUGAGCGUGUAACAAGAGAAUCUAACUUCUAUGACCCUGAGAAAACAAAGAAUUUUCUGAUGGAAGCCAAACUACCAGAUGCAAGGCCCCUGAUCAAUGUUUGUGAUCGUUUUGGUUUUGUUCCAGAUUUGACUCACUAUUUAUAUACAAACAACAUGCUCCGGUACAUUGAAGGAUAUGUUCAGAAAGUAAACCCAGGGAAUGCUCCUUUGGUUGUUGGGCAGUUGCUAGAUGAUGAAUGUCCUGAAGAUUUUAUUAAAGGUCUGAUUCUCUCUGUCCGUUCCCUCCUGCCAGUUGAGCCUCUUGUGGCUGAGUGUGAGAAGAGGAACCGGUUACGCUUGCUCACACAAUUUUUGGAACAUCUUGUUAGCGAGGGUAGCCAAGAUGUGCAUGUCCAUAAUGCUCUGGGGAAGAUUAUCAUAGACAGCAAUAACAAUCCAGAGCAUUUUCUAACUACUAACCCAUACUAUGAUUCGUGUGUUGUUGGUAAAUAUUGUGAAAAACGGGAUCCUACUCUUGCAGUUGUUGCAUACAGAAGAGGUCAAUGCGAUGAUGAACUUAUAAAUGUUACUAACAAAAAUUCAUUGUUCAAACUGCAAGCCAGAUAUGUUGUUGAAAGGAUGGAUGCUGAUCUGUGGGAGAAAGUUCUUCAACCUGAAAAUGAAUACAGAAGACAACUUAUUGAUCAAGUUGUUUCUACUGCAUUGCCUGAGAGCAAGAGCCCAGAGCAAGUCUCUGCAGCUGUCAAAGCUUUCAUGACUGCUGAUCUUCCACAUGAACUUAUUGAACUACUUGAGAAGAUCGUCCUACAAAAUUCUGCCUUUAGUGGGAACUUCAAUCUGCAAAACCUGCUGAUUUUGACGGCUAUUAAAGCUGAUCCACCAAGGGUCAUGGAUUACAUUAAUAGAUUAGAUAAUUUUGAUGGUCCAGCAGUUGGUGAGGUGGCAGUUGAAGCACAACUUUAUGAAGAAGCCUUUGCCAUCUUCAAGAAAUUUAACUUAAAUGUCCAGGCAGUCAUUGUCCUCCUAGACAACAUCCAAAGCAUAGAGCGGGCUGUAGAGUUUGCCUUCCGUGUUGAAGAAGAUGCUGUAUGGAGCCAGGUUGCAAAAGCUCAAUUAAGGGCAGGUUUAGUAAGUGAUGCAAUUGAGUCAUUCAUUCGUGCUGAUGAUGAAACCCAAUUUCUUGAUGUUAUUCGGGCUGCUGAAGAUGCUAAUGUUUACCAUGACCUGGUGAAGUACUUGUUGAUGGUGAGGCAGAAGAUUAAAGAGCCGAAAGUGGAUGGUGAACUGAUAUUUGCAUAUGCUAAGAUUGAUAGACUAGGUGAAAUUGAGGAGUUCAUUCUUAUGCCAAAUGUUGCUAAUCUUCAAAAUGUCGGGGAUCGUUUGUUUGAUGAUGCUCUUUACGAAGCUGCUAAAAUCAUAUUUGCUUUCAUUUCCAACUGGGCAAAAUUGGCUUGCACACUCGUUAAGCUGAAGCAGUUCCAAGGUGCUGUUGAUGCAGCUCGCAAGGCAAAUAGCACAAAGACAUGGAAGGAAGUUUGUUUUGCUUGUGUCGAUGCUGAGGAGUUCCGCUUGGCACAAAUAUGUGGUCUGAAUAUCAUUAUUCAGGUGGAUGACCUGGAAGAGGUCAGUGAGUAUUAUCAGAACAGGGGUUGCUUUAAUGAGUUGAUUUCCCUCAUGGAGAGUGGCCUUGGCUUGGAACGUGCACACAUGGGCAUCUUUACAGAGUUGGGAGUUCUGUAUGCCAGAUAUAGACCAGAAAAACUAAUGGAGCACAUUAAACUUUUCUCAACCCGUUUGAACAUUCCCAAGCUUAUACGUGUUUGUGAUGAACAACAGCACUGGAAAGAGCUAACCUAUUUGUACAUACAGUAUGAUGAAUUUGACAAUGCUGCCACAACGAUCAUGAACCAUUCUCCAGAUGCAUGGGAUCACAUGCAAUUCAAAGAUGUUGUUGUCAAAGUUGCAAAUGUUGAGCUCUACUACAAGGCUGUGCAUUUCUACUUGCAAGAACAUCCUGACCUCAUUAACGAUGUUCUACAUGUGCUUGCACUUCGUGUGGACCACACACGUGUUGUAGAUAUCAUGCGAAAGGCUGGUUACUUGCAUCUUGUAAAGCCAUAUAUGGUUGCAGUUCAAAGUAACAAUGUAGCUGCUGUCAAUGAAGCACUAAAUGAAAUCUAUGUUGAGGAGGAAGACUAUGAUAGAUUACGGGAAUCAGUUGACUUGCAUGAUAACUUUGAUCAGAUAGGCCUUGCACAGAGGAUUGAAAAACAUGAGCUUCUUGAGAUGCGGAGGAUUGCUGCAUAUAUCUAUAAGAAAGCUGGGAGAUGGAAGCAGUCUAUUGCAUUAUCCAAGAAGGACAAUCUUUACAAAGAUGCAAUGGAGACAUGUUCACAGUCUGGUGAUCAUGAACUUUCAGAAGAAUUGCUGGUUUAUUUUAUCGAACAGGGGAAGAAGGAAUGCUUUGCUUCAUGUCUCUUCAUUUGUUAUGACUUGAUCCGUCCAGAUGUUGCCCUUGAACUUGCCUGGAUGAACAAUAUGAUUGACUUUGCUUUCCCAUAUCUCUUGCAGUUUAUUCGGGAAUAUGCUAGUAAAGUUGAUGAACUUGUAAAGGAUAAAAUUGAAGCACAAAAUGAAGUGAAAUCCAAGGAAAAGGUAGAAAAGGAUUUGGUUGCACAGCAGAAUAUGUAUGCACAGUUGCUGCCUCUUGCCUUACCAGCACCACCUAUGCCUAGUAUGGGAGGAUCAAACAUGGGCGGGCCUUAUGGUGCGCCACCACCAAUGCCUGGUAUGGGAAUGCCACCACCAAUGCCUGGUAUGGGAAUGCCUGGUAUGGGAAUGCCGCCAAUGCCACCAUUUGGGAUGCCUCCAAUGGAAAAUUACUGAGAAAUUUUGGGGCUGGCGUAGCACGUAGUGUGGUAAGUUAGGAUGUUUUUGAUAUCGCUGAUGGUGCAAUGGAUCAAAGCAGUUGGAGACUACAUCUUCUUGUCGUCGAUGUUAAGAUUCAUACAUUUCAUAUUCUUUUGGCAGCAGUGGUUUGACUGCCAUUGAGAUUUUGUAUAGGUUUUCUUGACUCGGAGUAAACCAUUCUUGUUUUAUGUUGAUUAGAUCUUAAUUAGACUUAUUGGAUGACCUCAUUAUAUAUAUUAUAAGAUGUUCCUCCA